UGAAAACCAUCUCUCUUUUUUUAUGUUGUAGCUUGCAAUGAUCCUAGGAAGGUCUGCCAGACUGGUUGUGGGUCCUCCUCCCUCGGUCAGGCCUGAACCACCUACCUACUAGUUAGUAGUAGGACUUAGUACUGGACCUACUAGAGUCUUCUUCACGCCCAUUUGUUAUCCUUUCGUUUUAUAUUGAAGAUCAGCGACUCUAGCAUCUGGGGACCAUAUUUGAUAUGUUGGUGGCGCAUGAGCGUCUUUUGCUUUUGGCAUUGUUUUUCUAAAUUUUUGCCCGUACGAAACCUUUAUGUUUUCUAUCUAUCUAUUCCUUCCUUCUCCUAAAAAGUUUUUGUUGCUCCGUUUGGGGUUCCCUUUUCAGGUCUCUGAGAAACCAUAAUCAUUCAUUGAGCGUGCUGUGGUGAGAGAGAGGUGAAUAUACAGUACACAAAUAUAUUAUAUAUAUAUGUCACGUCAGCAUUACCUGCAAUGUAAUGAGGCUUUUGCUGCAUAAAGCUUUGCAACUGAAGUGUGAAGAGUGAAGAGAGUGAAGAGGGCCUCAUCCUCAUUAGAAUGCCCAAACCAAUCAAUCCAUCAUCAAUAUCUCUGCCCUAAGCUCUUGGCUGUUUGAAGAUAGUCUUUUAGCCUAAAGGUUAAAACCUCUGUCUCUGCGCCAGUCACUCUUUCUCUCCCCUCCCAUUUAUGACCGUUAAAUUUUAAAUCUCUCUUUCCCACCCAACCCUCCCUCACUUACUAGCCACUACCAACCACUAAAGCGCUCUGAAAAUAAUCCCUGCUUUCACAAACCAUAAAAAAUCAUAAAUGGGUUGUUGUCUCGGCACCACUAAGACCCCAAACCAAGACCCUCACCACCACCCAAAUGGCCCCAACAACCGCCACUUCCACGCUAGAUCUUCGGUGGCGGAACCCGACCCGACCCCUAUCCCGAAAACCCAGCUAAGAGCCUCGACACCGCCGCCGCCUCCACCUCCUCCACCGGUUGUUGAAGAAGAGUCAGUGAAAGAGGUUCUCUCCGAAACCCCCAUCUCCAAACCCCAAAUCCCCAAAAUAUCCCAAGACCAAAACACCCAUCUGCCUCCGAAAUUCCAAGGAGAGCUUCCCGAUUUUCCUCCGCAACCCCAAGCAGAACCCAUCCAUUUUCCUCCGAAUCCCCAGGCAGAGCUCACCCAUUUUCCUCCGAAUCUCCAGGCAGAGCUCACCCAUGUUUCUCCGAAACUCCAAGUAGAGCAGCCCAAGGAGCUCUCCGAGGAGCCUUCUCAGGCUUCAGACCUUUGUGGGGUUAGCGAGAACUUCUCAUUGUCAACAACCACCACCACAACCACCAUUACAGACGCCAGAGAAGACGAAGCUACGAGCAAGCGGAAGAGAGACGUGGGUCACAGAGACAGGGCGAGUGGGCCUUCUUCAACGACGGCACGCUGCAAGCGUCCUUACUCCGGCGAACUCGCCGGCCGGAGAGAAAAAGGAGUCAAUCUUCCUGCGAGGGCGCCGGAACCUCCAAUGGGGAAGAGGAAUCGGACUGAAACGAGGUCGUCUCGAGGGCGAGAAUCGGGUCAGCUGAGGACCAUGCAGCGUGGCUCGGGGCCCACCGGAGUCAGGCGUGAUGCGGUGUCGUCCCGGUCGAGGUCACCAGCUACUCGGCCGGCCGGUGGUGCUGGUCGGGCAGCUGUAGGAAGGAGCCCGGCGAAGGUGACUGGACGAGCGGCUGCCGGUGGCAUUUCAUCGCAGCAGGGAGCAGUGGAGAGUGAGGGUAAACAAAUUAAAAAGGAGGCGGACCCAUCAAACGAAGGCGUUUCGCAGCCCCAGAAGCAGGGGAAUGAGUCCCUUGAGUUGGAAUGCUUCAUCUUUGUCUAAGUCUGCUUUUUUACAUUACUGGUUGCAUUUUGUGCGAAAUGUUUUUCUUGGCUUUUUUUGAAAGCAUUGUGGAAUUGAGCUGUUUUGCUGCAUAAACAUUUGCUGAUAAGAUAGAUUAGAUCAGCUUCAAAUAGCAAAAGGGAAGUGCUUUUGAAAAAAUGGGAAAUUUAUUUUGCUUUAAAAAACAAUGUAUAUAUAUAUUCUCUGGAUAUGGCAUCAUCAGGAUUGGGUUGUCUUUAUCUUUGUGUGAAUUAGUGUUGAGCGUCCUUGUUUUUGGGACUUUGUCUUGUGAUUAAUCGUGAAUUAAAACCCAGUAAUCUUUC